CAAAGCAUUUAGUGUCGAAAAAAAAAAUUGAAAACUCUGGUCAAUAUGCAGGUUAAUUUCUAGGUAGUCUAAGGCUGGGGGAUGAAUAUUUUCAGGCUGCAGAUUACCCUAAAAACAGACUGAUUUCUUUUUCAAUUCGUUAACAGUUUUGUGUCAGAAAAACUGGGCCUCAAAUUUAACAUGACCUUUUCGUUUUACCUGCCAUACCCUCCCUCCACUUUUGCUUUUGUAUAAGAAUUGUUCUUUUCUUCCUUUAAUUAGGCCUUAAAAAAAUCCACAGGUGUAGUGAAUUAGCCUCAUAGAAAUAACUGGCUAGUCAUUGGGGCUGAGAAAAAACCUUAAAGUAAGUCCUGUGCCUAAUUCCACUAUGAAAAGGUUUUAGAAAAUCCUUCCAGUUUCAAUAAAAAACUGGACUUAAAAAAAACAAAACCCUGAGGUGGUAUUUUGUGUUUCCUUUUUUGCUUAUCAACUUUCAGAUGAAAUGAUAUGCCCUACAUCAUUCCUCUCUUUGUGCCUUUCAGAUUGACUUGUUUGCUUACGCAUAAUCUUUGCAAGGUGUUUUUUAAAAACCAUUUUCUGAAAAAUGAAAAUGCAUUUUGUUGAUGGUUUCUGGGCUUUUAUUUUUCAAUAAAAUUGGUGCCCAAGGUUUUUAAUUUACCUGGAGUCAGGUGGGUGGUGCGCCUCUCAUUCUGUGUUUCACUGUUCAGGUUUUGCCGAGUUCGAGGACUAGCUAGCGAGGACUUCCUUCCAUGAACUUGGCGGGAGUAACGUGUUUCAGAGCACUCUGCUGCAAGGGACCACCUCCUGCACGACCAGAAUAUGACUUGGUUUGCAUAGGCCUCACAGGCUCUGGCAAGACCAGUCUGUUAUCGAAGCUCUGCAGUGAAAGCCCUGACAACGUCGUGUCAACCACAGGUUUUAGUAUAAAAGCAGUGCCAUUCCAGAAUGCCAUCUUGAAUGUAAAAGAACUUGGAGGGGCUGAUAAUAUCCGGAAAUACUGGAGUCGAUACUACCAGGGAUCUCAAGGGGUAAUAUUUGUAUUAGACAGUGCUUCUUCAGAAGAUGAAUUAGAAACUUCUAGAAAUGAACUGCACUCAGCUCUUCAGCACCCACAAUUAUGCACUUUACCCUUUUUGAUAUUGGCCAAUCAUCAAGACAAGCCAGCUGCUCGAUCAGUACAAGAGGUCAAAAAAUAUUUUGAACUUGAGCCACUUGCACGUGGAAAACGCUGGAUUCUGCAGCCCUGCUCGCUGGACGACAUGGAUGCGCUGAAAGACAGCUUCUCUCAGCUGAUAAACUUGUUAGAAGAAAAAGACCACGAAGCUGUAAGAAUGUGAAAUCUGGCAAAGAAAACGGGUUCCAAAUACGCCUUGAACCUAUCAUGUUAAUUUCUCAUUUUAAUUUUAUUUUGUAUCAAGAUUAUAAUGGCUUCAGUAUCUAUUUUCCUCUAUCUCAGUCUCUCAUCUCUCUAUUAAAGUGAAUAUUCUGUAAAUCAGGUGAAUUAUCAUCGGCAUUAAUGUCAAGUAUACACUACUGAGAGAGAAUAUGUAUUCUCUGUUUACCACUAAUUAUCUUCAUGGCAUGUCUCUUCCUUCUGUUGUUCUAUGCGUCUCUUCUCAAUCCUGUGCUGAAAUGGUUGGAAAUCAGAUCCCUUAUGAAGGACUCAGGGAGACUCACAGAUCCUUGACUCAUUUUCCCUGGGUUUGGAGGUGGAGUAUUGUAUGACUGGGAAUCCUCAUACACGUUUUAUUUUCAGGACCUCUUGGCGGUUUUACUUUAUCUUUUUCAUUUUUUGUAUACUGGCCUUAUAUAUUAUGAGAGAAAAAUGAGCACCAAAAACUUCAAUUCUUCACCUUAUCAAAAUGAAUAUCUUGCCAUAAUAAAUGUACUUUGGGAACAUAAAGGCAAGAUGCAUCAUGUUUUCUCAAUUACAUCCUAUUCCCCUCUCUCUUCUGAGAGCAACGACAUUGUUUAAGUGUUUGAGAGGAGUUAAGGGAAUUCAGGCACGAUGUAUGACCACCAAUUACUAGUUCGUCAAGUCCUUAAAUAUUUUUCUAAUGGAGAGGUUAUCCUGCAUAAAGUCAGCUGCAACAUAAUAUAAGUAUCUUUUUCUAAAAAAUCUUAGGAGUCUGAUUGAAAUAGAGAAAAGAAUUUUUAAAAUAAUAAAUGCAAUUUUUAAAUACAGUCAAAUGAAGUACAGUUUAUACAGGCUAGGAUUUAAGCUGGCAUGGAUUUGACAAAGAUAACAAAGAAUCAUCUGUAUAUUCAUUCAUUAAGUGCUAAUGGUGUUUAAUGGAGUCGGUUAAUGUCUCCAUCUGGUAAUUAAAGGUCUAUCAGUAUUUCUAUUAUAAACCUCUAUUUUCAGGGGUUUCAACAUGCCCUUAAAAAUGUGCUGGGGCAGCAGCAAAUAAAUAAUUUUAGGGCCCGGAUUCAGUCUUUGGAACUUUUUUCAUUUAAUUUAAUGGUAAAAUUACAUAAAGAUAAGUGUAUAGUUUUACUAAGGCUUGGUGCCUUUGACCUUUU